AUGGCAGAUUUCCAGACAUCAACUCAAAGAGCCAAGCAGAGAGAUAUAAAGCUGCUAAACCAUAGGGCAGUGCACUUGCUAGAGAAGUGUGGAACAACCCAAGUUGAAGUAGAUGCUAGUGGAUCACUAACUUAUCCCACGCAGAAAGUUGAUGCAGGAGGAGAUCAAGGUGAUAAGAAGCUUAAGCCUUUGAGUGUUGAUGAAGAACUGUUCAUGAGAGCUUUUUAUGAGGCCAAGGUCCAAGAAGUCUGCAGUGCCUUUGAGUUCCCUCACAAGAUUCAGGCAACAGCUCUCCAAUACUUUAAAAGAUUUUAUCUGCAAUGGUCUGUUAUGCAACAUCAUCCAAAAGAAAUAAUGUUAACCUGCGUGUAUGCAGCCUGUAAAAUAGAGGAGAAUCAUGUAUCUGCUGAGGAGAUAGGGAAGGGGAUUAAACAAGAUCACCACGUCAUUCUCAAGUAUGAGAUGGCUGUUCUUCAGAGUUUGGAAUUUGAUCUGAUUGUCUAUGCACCAUAUCGUGCAAUCGAAGGCUUUGUCACCAACAUGGAGGAGUUUCUUCAAGCUAGAGAUGAUGAAAUCCAAAAACUGGAGAGUUUGCUCAAAGCGGCAACAGCAGAAGCCGAUAAAGUUAUGCUCACAGAUGCUCCACUCCUUUUUCCUCCUGGCCAGUUGGCGUUGGCUGCUUUGCGUAUUGCAAAUGGGGUUCUUGGAGUGGUUGACUUUGACAGGUAAAGAACUAUAAGUACCCAAGUGAAAAGGACAUGAAGCAUAUAAACAGGAAGCUAAAAUCUUGUCUAGGACAUAGCUCUUCACAUGACGAGAGUAAGAAACGAGAGAAGAGAUCGAAGCACAAGUCACAUAGGAACUCCAGUGAUACACCAAAGGGUGCACCCAUAGGUUGAGUUUCUCGUUUUUGCCAUUAGCAUUUGGUAGCUUUAAUAUUAUUGAAUGUUCAAAUCCUCUUUAUAUUUUUUUGCCGUGUUGUUAAAUUUGAGCAUAUCUGAAUCAUAAACUGGCAUUUUGUGCUAUAGAGACAAAAGCUGUAUCUGGCAACAAAUAUUGGCACAUAAUUUGUUUAUUCGGAAGAAGAUGCUA